AUGGAAGGGCCAAGACCAAAAGGUGUUGAGAGCACAAAAAGACACGUAACAGCAAGGCCACAUGCACCCAGCACAGCCCAACAACAACAAGAAGACCCUCUGAUUUACAAACCCAAUUUUCUUCCUCCUUGGAAGCCGAAGGACACCAGGAAAAGAAAACCAAUGAUCAAUAUGGACCUCCAACAACGUUCCUCCAUGUUUAAAAUUCGCGCUCUUGUUCAACAACUCCGUCCCAAUUUUAUUGAGGUUCUUCGGACGCCAGAUUUUCGAAAUAGUAAGGCAGCUGAUGAAAUUCGAAAACAAAUGAAGCUUCUGAGGGAUCUAUACAAACAGAUGGCCAAGGAUGCAGGAGACACACACAGGAAGUUUGUGUCGGAAACACAGCAUUCAACACAUGACAGCGAUCCUGCGAAAGAAAACCAAGAUGGCAAACAACAAAAGCAUCUUCAACCAAGAUGCUCUGUAGAGAAGCCAGUGCAAGCUCGUACUCGGUCGAUCCCUCUCAGCUCAGAUAAGAAACCAGUUGCUAGCCAACUACAGGGGAGCUACAUUGUGGGGGGUUCAGCGUUUGGUUGGAACUUCAUCACAUUUGCAGGCAGUAAACCAAUCUAUUAUGGGGUGACAAAGGAGGAAUAUCGAAGCAGAAACAACACAUCGGGAACACGGUCUGUAGUAUGGUGA